CAUCAGUUUUUUAAAAAAAAAUAUAUAUUUAUUAACAUAUUAAUUAUAAAAUAAUAUUACAUUGUCAGACUUGUAAUCUGACAUUCUGAAAAACUACGAAAAUGACUCCCACAUCUGUUUUGCUCGUUUUGUUGUGUCUGGUUGGUGUUUUUCAGGUUGAAUCACAUGAAGUUAAGUCAGUAAUGCAGGGAGAUUCUGUCACUCUGGACUGUAAUGUUUCUGAAACACAGCUGAAGAAUGUGGAGUGGAGGUUUAACAACAGUCGCAUAGUUUACACAGUUAAGGGCAAUCCAAAGUAUGAUGAUGACAGAUUCAAAGACAGACUGAAGCUGGAGAAUAACAGAUGUCUUACCAUCAACGACAUCAGAACCACGGACACUGGAGUCUACAAAUGUAGGACUUUUAUAAACAACGAGGAGUCAAUAAAGACGUUCAGUUUUACUGUUUAUGCUCCAGUGCCCAUUCCUGUCAUUACCAGUGUGAUUUCACAGUGUUCUUCAUCAUCAGAAAGUUCAUCAAGCCCAACAUGUGUGUUGUUGUGUUCAGUGAUGGAUGUGUUCAGGGUUAAUCUCUCCUGGUAUAAAGGAAUGAGUGUAUUGUCCAGCAUCAGUGUGUCUGAUCGCAGCAUCAGUCUCUCUCUACCUCUGGAGGUGGAAUAUCAGGAUAAAAACAACUACAGCUGUGUGAUCAACAAUCCUGUCAGCAACCAGACCAAACACGUCUGCAUUACCGAUCUCUGUCGGAUGUGUUCAGAUGAAGUCGGUAUUUCUGAAAGCACUGAAGCUGUGAUCCGAUUGGUCGUCACUGCUCUGGUGGGUCUGGCUGCUGUGGCUGCAUUUAUUGUGCUUGUUUAUGACAUCAGAUCCAGAAGAACUGAACAAGAGCGACAUCAGACCCUAAAUUAUGGAUCUGAUACUCUAAAACCAGAAUAA